GAGAAUUUUAGACCAUGUGUAUCUUGUUGACUACCACUGAACAUCCCGAUUACCCACUUGUUGUGCUUUCGAAUCGAGAUGAAUUCUUCAAGAGACGCACAGGGUUGGCUGCGUACAGAGUCUUGGAUAACCACACAAAAGUGCUUGCACCCUUAGAUUUAGGACGCCCCGAGCACGGGACCUGGAUUGGGGUUACCACUACAGGGAAGCUUGCAGUAUUAUUGAACUAUCGAGAGGAGGAUCAAGCAAAUCUUGUGAGUGAAGUCUCGCGAGGAAUCAUCCCAUUGGAAUACCUUCAGUCCACAGAACUGGAUGAAGAUUGGGUUUCAAACAUUGAAAAGUCACUUGCGGAAAAACUGAUCAACAAGAAAGACCCUGUGACUUUGCGUAAAAUCGGUGGGUUUCUGUUUGUAUAUGGUCAGUUAUCUAUUGAUGAUAGUAGUAACAAAAUUAAACCGCUAAAUAUUUUAAGUAAUAGAGGUGAUAGAGGUAGGGUUCACGUUGAGAAAAAGCUGGUGGGAGAAAUUGAAGACACCGAACAUCAAACUACAUUUGGAUUGUCAAAUUCAUUGUUCUAUGAUCCUUGGCCCAAAGUUAAACGAGGUGAGAAGUUACUUCUGGAUGCUGUGAACCAUGCAGUCGUUAAUCGGUUAUCUACAGAUGAAUUUGUAAAUAGUUGUUUAGAUGUUUUGAGCACAAACACUUUUGAUAUGAAGGUUGCAAAUGAUCAAAGUAUAGAUUUUGUCACUAAAUCUCGCGAGUUAAGAAACUCAAUUUUCAUCCCACCCCUUGCUACGGAAAUGAGUAAAUUGAACAUUGAUACUAUGGGUAAAUAUUAUGGAACCAGAACACAAACGGUGAUUUUGUUGAGUAAACUGGGGGUUUUACAUUACUACGAACGUAACCUUCAUGAUACAGAUACCACUGAAGAAGACCUUCAAAUCAGGCAUUUUGAGUUUAGUAUAUAG